GCUGUAUUGAAAAUGAAGGUCGCCAAAAUGGAGAUUGCAAAGCCCGAAUGAAAAUGAAGCCGUGACAAGGACGGAGCACCGGGGGCCCAUAAAACCAUGAUAAGCACCAGUGGUCCAUGGCGGUCAAAAUGACAGGCCUAAACCGAGCGUACACUCAGAGGUCGCGACUUGCGAAACUCCGUUCUUGCAACUGAACUUGAAGCGAAGAGGCUAACUGGUCACUGGUGUUGGUUAGGGACUCUCAGUAUGUCAUCUUCUUUCUUAAUAUUCGCGACUCCGUCGCCGAUACCGGCUGCCAGGAAAUUUCCGGCAUUAGGUAUUGGCAGUAAACGAACCGAUUUGUUUAGCAUUCGCGUUUGUAAUGGAAAUGGAAGGCUUGGUGUUUUGAAUUCCAAAUCCAAUCGCAGAGGGCGUGGUGGAUUUUGCUGCAAAUCGCAGCUGGCGGAAUUGGCUCCCGCCACUUCCGCUGCCUACGGCUUGAUGCUCCUCGGCGGUGGCUUAUUCGCAUUUACCAAAUCUGGGAGUAAAGGUUCCUUAUUCGGUGGCUUGACUGGUGGAGCUCUAAUGACAUCUGCUUAUGUUCUCAUGCAAGCACCAGAAACAAAAGCAAUAGGUGAUGCCCUUGGCUUUGGCUCGGCCUUUCUGUUCUCUUUUGUAUUUGGCAUACGGUUGGCAGCUACUAGAAAACCAAUUCCUGCAGGCCUUCUGUUAGGCCUUUCUUUAUGUGCACUUACAGUGUUUUCUGUAGCAUAUUUACAAGAUAAUGUGUGAUAUGAUUAUUAGGUUAGGAGGAAUAUUAAACCAUUUUUCAGUUCUCUUUGAAGGGCAUGAUCUCUGUCUUUCUGCCCCCUUUGCCCUCAGAUUCUCUGCCAAUUGCAUAAUCUAUGUACUGUAGCAUGAUGUAGGUUGUCUAAUAUACAAAAUAAUGGAAUCUCUGUACAUGAGUGCGGUUAAGCUCUAACCUGCUCUGCCUAGCACAUUUGAGAUGAUUUGAUCUUGACCA